UCCAUUACUACUCACAACUCAAAAGGACCUCUCUCUCUCUCUCUCUCUCUCUCUCUCUCUCUCUCCACCGUUCUCUACAAAACGUGUCUUUACCAACUUUCAACUCAGUCACUUGCUCAAACUCAUGGAGCAGCACCUACACAGCCACACUCCCUUUCUGUUCUAUUUUUAAAAUAAAAGAGAGAGAACCAGUUCUGUUCUAUUUGUUUUGGAUUAUUUUAGUUAUUUGGUUAGUGACAAUGCAACUUUAUGUCUGCAGCACGGAGUGAUGUUUGGCCUCUCUCUUCUUCUUUUCUUUGUUUGCACCAUUUUCAUGGUAUCGUAUUCUCUUCGAAUUAAUUCCUCUCUCUCAGUUUAGCUUCUCGUACCCAUAAUGGAGAUUAGGCUUUCCCUCUUCUCUCUCUCGUUCUUCCUUCUGUUUCUCUUGGAUGCCUCCUCAGCCCAGAUGCCAGGUUUUGUGAGUUUUGAUUGUGGAGGUCAAGAAAAUUUCACGGAUGACCUUGGCCUUAAGUGGACUCCUGACAGUCAGCUUGCUUACGGAGAAACCGCUAUGAUAGAUGUUGAAAAAGAGACACGCAAGCAAUACAAGACCCUGAGACACUUUCCUUCUGAUUCCAGGAAGUAUUGUUACACAUUUAAAGUCAUACGUAGGACUAGGUACCUUGUGAGAGCAACAUUCUUGUAUGGUAACUUUGACAAAAACAAUGAUUACCCAAAAUUUGACAUUUCCCUCGGGGCAACUCUUUGGUCAACUAUAGCCAUUUCAAAUGCUAGUACUAUACAAGUCCGAGAGCUAAUAUUCCUGGCUUCAAGUCCCACUAUCAGUGUGUGCUUAUCCAAUGCUUCUACUGGGCAGCCGUUUAUAUCUACUCUUGAGCUCCGACAAUUUAAUGGUACAUUUUACUCAACAGCCUAUGAGGAUCAGUAUUACCUCAGUGUCUCUGCGAGGAUAAACUUUGGUGCAGAUAGUGAAACUCCAGUCAGCCUGCGAGAGUCUCAACAUGUCUCUGACUCUGUCUCUAACAAUUCUCUUGCCAAGGAUUUGUUUUACAGCUCCCAAAUUCUUCAUUCCAAAGUGCUAUGA